GUGAACAAGCACGGGCAGACUAACGUACAUAAUGAGCACUUUUGCCGUUUUCUUCUUCUGCAUCGUUGCUGCCGCCACAGCACAAUCGGGAGGACACAGUGAAGAAAGUCUCGGCCACUACGAACAUUACGACUAUUACGCACCGCCCCACUACAGCUACGAAUACAAAGUUCACGACGAGCAUACAGGAGACGUCAAAUCUCACCAUGAAACUAGGGAAGGCGAUAAAGUCAAGGGAUUCUACAUGUUGAAAGAAGCCGAUGGUACGGUCAGGGAAGUCCAUUAUACCGCCGAUCACAAAAAUGGUUUCAACGCUGAAGUCAAAAGAGUAGGACAUGCCGUCCACCACGUACCUGAAUACCAACAUCAUUACUAACAAAUUAUAUGUAAAGAAAACUAUGCAACGUAAUGUAAAUUUGUACUAAAAAGUAUACAAACGUAUGAUAAUAUA